CAUCUCUCACCAUGUCCUAGGAGAAUACGAAUCAUCUACACCCUCCCAUGUCGAACCCGCUGCUCACCCGGACGCUAGGUCGAUUCGUUUCAACUUUCUUGCUCGGCUACUUCUGUGUAGCCUGGUACGUAUGUUGUUAUGAGAUCGGGUACGAUAUCAUCUGGAAGGCGCAAGGGAGGAAACUCUACGCAGGCGGAUACAUCGUCCUCACGACUCUUAUAGUCGCCAGUAUCGUCCGGACAUUCAUUUACCUCCUGUUACUCCCCUCCUCGCACUGCUCUCCGCUCGCGGAACCGCUCCCUCGGAGCAUAACUCACAGGUCCAUCCCGCUCGCAUGUUCCCCUGCGCAACCUCUCGGCCCCGUCUCCUCAGAAGAAUCUCUGGAGCUGGAUCGAUGUCAUAAAGGCCUGUGUAAAGGGGGUUGGAAGACGGGGAGGACGAGGCAUUGCAGUGUCUGUAAGCGGUGUAGGGUGGGAUUUGACCAUCAUUGUCCUUGGUUCAACAACUGCCUGACACUCCCGCACAUGAAGGCUUUCCUCCUCCUCACCUCCCUGACCCCCGUUGGUAUCCUCAUCAUAGCCAUACCUGCUACCACCCUCGUCUUGCAAGACCUCCGCACCGUCCUCGCCUGGUCUUACAAGUCCGAGCUGAUGAGGGAGAUCUGGUGGGGGAGGUGGUACGCCUGGGUACCCGGUCCGAUCGGGAGGUGGGCCGUGGGGAUCGUUUGGAGUUAUAAGCGGUUCGCGCACCAAUACGUACCGGGGAUGAAGGUGGGGAGAGAACCGAGUUUGUUCUAUCUGGCAUUGCUGGGGAUGGCCGUGGUGUUCUCUGCGGUCUGCUUGGCGCUGACGGUUUCCACGACCUUGAUGCUAAGCAAAGGGGAACUCUCUGUCGACCGAGCCCGUCGCAAGUCGUAUAAGAAGAUGCUAUCGGCCCACCCCACGCCCGACCAAGCUCAGCGGGACAAGAUGGAAGCGAUGAAACCGAUGGUCAAGCUGUUCAUGCCCGACCUACAAGGACAGGUAACGAACGACGAGGGGGUACACGCUGGGUCGGUCGUGCUCGCGCCAGCGACUUGGCGAGCAGACAAGGAGGACGGAUCGUUGCUACAAGAGGUAUGGAGAGGCCCAUUAUUCCCGAAUUCAAGCGAGUGUGGGCGAUGGGACGAGGAGAAAGUGGGACGGACGGUCAAGAUGCAGGGUUAUCUUUGAGAGAGUUGUACCGGAUAGCUAGUGUGAUUCGUCACCCAGGGGGCGACGCGUAUCUGACGAUCGUUGUCGGUUAUUGAGGACGAUUGUCCCGGGGACAGAAGGUCUAUCAGCUCCUCGUCUAAUAUGACAA